AUGACUUUAUCCGAUGACGACCCUGUUGUCGCCUCCUACGACGUCCUCCUCACUGACUCGGAUAUCUCUCGCUAUGUUUUCCAAUACGUUGAUCGAGAGCAUGACCGUCCCUACAAUGACCAAGAAAAUCAACGACCGAUCCAACUUCGAAUUAAACCGCGCACCGGUCUUAUUGAAGUUGAAGUCCCCAUUAGCACCCGAGAAAACUACGACGUUAACAAGGGAAUGCGCUACGGGGAUGCGGUAAAAAAGAGCCGUUCCGCGCGCGACGGGGGUGCUUAUGGUAUGGCAGGCGGCUUCACUGCUGGCAGCGGAACUGCAUCUACAGGAGGAAGAGUCAAGAUGGAAGGGAACGGGGAUGUGGAGAUAUUGGAUAAUAAGAGGGCUGUGGAUUCAGCAUCAUUGCUGCGAGUACAGUCACUUGGAGGUCGGAUAAAGCCCUCUGAAGAAGGCGAUCCAGUUUACAUGCUGGCCACCUUCACCGAUAAAAACCUGCAUCUUUCCCCCGUCACAUCGGUUGUUCAGUUCCACCCUCAGCUUCACCACCUGGAUGCUUUGGAUGAGAUGCCAAAAGGGAAAGGAUCACGCAAAAAGGAUGACGAUGACCGUCCUACCGAGAGCGAAGCACGUGCGAUUGAUAUCAAAGUCAAGGCCGCCGAAGAUGGUGAAGCGGCUGCGAACGCGGGCAAUCUAGACCUCCUCAAGCAAAUGCAAGAUGAGAAAUGGAAAACUUACGGCUGGGUUGAUGCUGAGGCCGAGGAUUCCUGGUACACAUAUGAGAGCUAUAUGAUCCACAAGGAGACCGAAGACCUCCCCUCCCUAGAGUCAAAUAUUGACUCGGAACAAUACCUCGAUAAAAUGAGCGCCCCUAGGAUCGAUCCCGCCCGCCCCGACAUGACCGGCUGGGCCAUGAAGGAGAAUCGCCGGAGGCAAAGAGAGGGCCAAGCAAAUAAUGAAGCGGAAUAG